CAAGAAAAGCUACAGCAAGUGCGACUACUGUGAAUUUAAGUCGUUAUCAGUCGGAUAUGGGUUGGUCGGGUGGCUCAGCCAUACAAGCUGGAAGGCAGCAGCAAAGCAAUGAAAGUCAGCAAAUCAAAGACAUCAAGGUCAAAUGCCUUCAAGAAAUGAAAGAAAAACGGAGACAGCUUGUGAUAUCUCAACGUUUAGCUCGUCCAUCGACUGUGUUCACGGACACACAACUAAAAAUGAUGGCACAGCGUUUACCAACCAACAUGCUCCAGUUCCUUCAAAUUGAUCCAGACAACAUUACCGACGACAAGUUUGAACGCUAUGGAUCCAUUUUUCUUAAUAUUUGUAAGGAUCAUGCCGCCAUGGUGCAAUCGUUGCAGUAAUAAAUAUUGUAAUAUAGAAAUUCCUUCUGUGCAUAUCUGUCUCAUACCCUUGGUUGCUUCCAUUUUCCUGGAUAUAAAUGUUUUAUUUUCAUCAGUUGGGUUUGAGAACAAUAUUACAAAUACUGUUUCAAGCCUCAUCGAUAAUACAGCCAUCUCCAAAAAGAGCUUAUCCUUCAUUCCUGUGUGGUCUCUUGGUUACUACCUUGAGGGUUGACCUGCCGUCCCAUCACCUCUAACAUAAUUUGGUUGCACAUCUUUGCAUAUGGGUUCUCAUUUACUGUAAUUGAUUUUGCGAUUGGGUUUCCGAACUUAGCGCCUGGUGUCCA